AUGAUGAGAAACAAUAAAUCAGGUCCUAAGAUUGUUCAAAUUGAAACACGAUAUGUUCAAACCGAUGCGGUGAACUUCAGAGACGUUGUUCAAAGCCUUACCGGAAAGAAUUCCUCGACCGACUGGAUCGGUCGAGGAAAUAACGAAACGGCCGUAACUUCUGAGAUCAAAAGAAGAAACAAUAAGCCAGAGGAAGAGAUUAUUGAUGCAACUUCAACAGCUUCAACUAAGCUAAUGAUGAUGAGCAAGAUGUCAUUCAAAGACUUUGAAAGAUUAGUGUUAGAGUUGCCUCCCAUUCAAAUGGAAGAGAUGCUAUGGUUAUAG